AUGUGGUUCAACGACCACGAGGAGGCCGCCGAGCACGUCUACAACAACGACCCGCAGGGCGACUCCAACGCCCACGAGGCCAAGUGGACGCACGAGGCCGUCGGCUUCGGCGCCGGCUUUGUCGCCAUGCGCGAGUACGAAAAGAGGCAGGAGGCCCAGGGCGAGCGUCCCAAGCACGAGUUUGCAAAGGAGAUGAUUGCCGGCAUCGCCGGUGCCGAGGUCGACAAGCUGUUUGAGACCAAGGGCCUCGACUUCCUCGACCGCGAAAAGGCCAAGCACCACGCGCGCGAGCAGGCCGAGAGGAUCUACGACGAGCGCUACCAGUAG